AUUCUGAUGGGACCCGAGGCGAUACCUGAUAACCCUCGAAUUUACUGGAACCGGACGUGCGAUUUAAAGAGUACCAUCAGCCCGUGAACCUUUAAUGCUUCUCCUUCAACGGACAUCAGUAGCAGCUUCUUCUACCCUAGAUUCUUCCGUCAUCGGAAUUCUUUCUGAUCUUUCACACAGCGCCCGGUGAUUUCGUUGGUAUGCGAAGAAAUUCCAUGCCUUUCGGCAUGCAGUAUCGAUAUGCACUACAGGCGGCUAUCUCUUUAACCACCUCUCUGCAUCGAGCCAUCUCUGUGCCAUGUCUUCCGAGCCUUCCCCUCGACAUUCGUCCUCCACUGAGAACGACUCAGGAGACAUAGAACUCGGCCAGGGCUCAAGGGCUCAGGGUUCUCAAAUAGGAUCGCAGCCUGGAACUCGAGCAGGAAGCACAAUCAGCGAGAAGGCCUAUGCGAAGGAUAAAGUCUUUCCAAUCGAGGAGCCUCCAAGUGCACCUCAGUUUGUGGAAGGAACACUUCAAGGAUGGUUAACAGUCUGUGGCGCAUCUCUGGUCGCAAUGUGCACCUUUGGAAAUAUUCAGUCCUUUGGAGUCUAUCAAGCCUAUUAUACCCAAUCUUUCCUCUCCGGAAACUCGCCAUCCAGGAUAAGCUGGAUCGGUUCCGUCCAGCUAUGCCUCCAGUUUACCGUUGGUGUUUUCUCCGGGAAACUCUUCGACCAGGGCUACUUCCAUUCUCUCAUGAUUGGCGGCAGCCUCCUUCUCCUUUUCUCAUCUUUUAUGCUCUCCCUCGCUAAGCCUCAUCAAUUCUACCAAGCCUUAUUGGCACAGGGUUUUGGCAUGGGUAUCGGGAUGGGUUGCAUGUUCUUACCAGCGUUAAGCAUCAUGUCGCACUAUUUCCGGAAGAGGAGAGCUGUCGCCAUGGGCAUUGUUGUAGCGAGCGGGUCCCUCGGGGGCGUCAUUUACCCUAUCAUCCUGAAUAAGGUAUUCCCGAGGGAGGGUCUCGGGUUUCCUUGGGCUGUUCGUUUCAUUGCAUUCAUCAAUAUCGUUUUCUUGGUCAUCGCGAACUUGAUCAUGAAGCCAAGAUGGCCGACUCGCAAACGCAAUCCAGUGGACAUGAGUCAGAUAAUACACGAUACCCCAUAUUGGGUGACGAAUAUAGGGCUCUUUCUAGGAUUUUGGGGGAUAUUCAUUCCUUAUUUCUACCUUCAGCUCUUCUCUGAGACUCACGGAGUAGACCCUAACUUCCUGACUUGGACGCUACCCAUCCUUAAUGCCGGUGCCGUUUUCGGGCGAUUCAUGCCCAACUUCCUAGCCGACAAGUACGGGCCGUUAAAUGUGAUCAUUCCAAGUGGAAUCAUAUCAGCCGGAAUGCUGUGGGCUCUUCUCGGCGUCAGAACCAUUGCGGGAGUGACACUAUUCGGGCUGGUAUAUGGAUUCGUUUCUGGCGCGUUUUUGACACUUGCGUCUCCAGCUGUGGCGGCGUUCACUCGGAGUCCCACAUUAGAUGACAUAGGGUAAGCUCACGGUCUAGUGAAUUUUCCGUGCUGAUUUUUUGGCAGGCUUCGGAUAGGCAUAUCGUGCUUCUUCAUUGGUUUGGCACUCCUGACGGGCAAUCCAAUCGCGGGCGCGUUGCUGUCCUCUCCAAACU